UUGAACUCGGUCGCUCAUAAAUAACACCUUUCUUGCACACGACGGCCGACACGUUGUUUAUCUUUCAAUUCUUUUAAUUUCAUUUUAUUUAUUGCAUUUAAUACCAAUAGUAUCAAAAAAAGAAUAAUGACGAGCGUAUUUUAUGUGGAGCCUGAAUUAGUCAUUGCCUUAAAUAGACGCGCAAUAUUUGUGAAUCCCAAUGAUUUGCAGAUUUUUAAGGAAAUACUUUUACCAGAGGAUUUGACCAAAUGCGGCUUGGUAGCAGAAGCCAAUGAAGAUGGUGAACAAGAUAACGAGAAAUCACACAAACAAAACCAGACAAAAGAACAGCCCACAAUACAACAUGUUAAGAUGUCACCCAAUCGUCAAAUGGUGGCCAUUACCACGUCCGGGCAAAAAGCUGUUUUGCUGUAUACUCUACGUCCAGAACAUGCCAAAUUGGUAUCGGUUAGAAAUUUGGCUCGUGCAUCUAGUGCAGUUACAUUUAGUCCGGAUUCUAAACGUUUAUUGGUUUGUGAUAAGACUGGAGAUUGUUACGAAUAUAGCUGUGAAGAUUUUGAGGCAGCUCCAAAAAUACUUUUGGGUCAUCUGAGUAUUGUCUAUGAUGUUUUGUGGUCUCGGGAUGAAAAAUAUAUUGUUACAUGUGAUAGAGAUGAUAAGAUACGUGUUACCAAUUACCCUGAAACAGCAGAAAUCCAUACAUAUUGCUUGGGUCACAAGGAAUUUGUUGCGGGAGUGACGCUUCUAAAUGAUGAUACCUUGGUCUCAAUUUCUGGCGAUAAAACUCUUAAAAUUUGGAACUAUAAAGAAGGCAAAGAAGUUAAAUCAUUAGAAUUACCAGCUCCAGGUAUAAAAUUAGCUUUAAAGCGUAAAGAUUCAAACAAAUUUGAAUUGGCUGUGUUGCUACAUCAACCCAACGAAUGUGUAGUACUCUAUCAAAUAUCAAUAGGAGAUAAUGGACAAUGGGAAGUCAGUUCCGGCGAUGUACUAAGUUUCCCUGAUGUAAUUUGCUGCAACAUAACAUACGCCGAAGAACGCCUAUAUGUAGUAGGCGUUGUUAAUGAUCACUUGACAAUUAGAUUAUCACCUCAAAGCCCUGAAGCUCCGGAAAAUUGGUUGAGCGUAAUGGAGGAACAAUUCAAGGACUGUACAUGGACACCCGAAGAUAUCUCCGCAUGGUUUAAAAAGAAAUUCGAUAACGUAAGCGAAUAUUUGGAACGUAAAAAGAGACGCAUUGAAGAGAAGCAAAAAUAAAGUGUACAAAACUUUUUGUAUUUUACAAA